UAUUCCGGUGAGCUUGACGCAAGCGCAGAGCUGAUUUAACCUGCAGCAUCAGUGGGGCACCGUCUGAAGCGACUGACACAAAAGAAGCGACACAACGGAGAAGAGGAACCACACAAACCUUUAUUUUCUCACCGGAAACAAGAAAAGAUUGAAACAUGAUUGAGAAGUCAAACAGCCAAUACGACUCCUUCCUCUUCUGGAGGCAGCCAAUCCCGGCGCUUGACCUGUCGGAGCUGGAGGACCUGGGUUUGACCGACUGCCAGCCAGCCAAUAGCGUCAAAGGAAAAGACAAGUCAUCCUCACUGAGGAGUCAGAAUGAGGAGGAGGAGAUGACUGAGUUUUCGUCCUUCAAUUAUUGGAGAGCCCCAAUUGCUGAUGUGGAUGCUCUGCUGGCCGACCUCAACCUGCUGCUCUGAAACACAACGCUCUGUCACCUGACCUCUGACCCCAGAUCAGCAUCACAUUACCUGACCUCUGACCCUAGAUCAGCCUGACAUCACCUGACCUCUGACCCCAGAUCAGCCUGACAUCACCUGACCUCUGAUCCUAGAUCAGCCUGACAUCACCUGACCUCUGACCCCAGAUCAGCCUGACAUCACCUGACCUCUGAUCAGCCCAUCAUCACCUGACUUCUGACCCCAGAUCAGCCUCACAUCACCUGACCUCUGACCCCAGAUCAGCCUGACAUCACCUGACCUCUGACCCCAGAUCAGCCUCACAUCACCUGACCUCUGGUCAGCCCAUCAUCACCUGACCUCUGACCCCCGAUCGGCCCAUCAUCAUCACCUGACCUCUGACCCCAUAUCAGCCUCAUAUCACCUGACCUCUGAAAGAAAUGUUUCAGGAAGUCACCAAAAUAAGAGCGCAUUUUUCACAGUAAAACAAAGCAGACAGAGGUCUGAAGACACUGAUCCUGGUUCAGAUUGAAGUCCCAUGGAUUCACUCUCUGGUCCUGAAUCAUCUAAACAUGUUUUUAUUUCACAUUAAGCAGUAAGCUUAGAUGUGUUUGUAGGAGUCUGUAUAGCCAUGUGAGUCUGUAGCUUCGUCCAUCUCUCUUUGGGUGUCCUGUUUUUGCUGAGUCCUAAUUAAAACCCGUAUCAUGAGCAGCUAAUCAACAAAAACUUAGUUCACUGAGAUGAAAGUUCCACCAAAACUUUGAAGUGAGCAGAAGUCACAUUUAGUAAAAAACACAAUUAAAUGGAAUAGGUUUUUGUUUAAGACAAUAAAAGUGUGUGUAAAUUAUUAUAAACAUUAUGGUAAAAUGUUUUAAGUUUUCCAGGUUUCAAACAAACUAAGUGUUGUGCUGUUUCGUGUUUUUUAUGGUCAUCGUUCAGCAGCUUGGAUCAUGUUGUUUUUCAGGCCAAGGAGCCUUUAGCUAUCAGAAAUACAGAGCAGGGAGACCCUUCAACAUGUACAGUAUAAAACUGAAUCGCAUGUUAAACUGGGCAGAUGGAGGGUGUCAGGUAGAAGGCCAGAUCAGCCUCAGGCUGCAGUCUUCACCUGUAUUUCCUUUUCAGGAACAUGACAGAUAAGUUGUUACAGAAGGCAAAAUAUGUUGGAUUCAUGUAAAUGUAUGUUUUUAGACAUAUUUUAAUUUUGAAAAGAAAAAAAAACGGAACGCUUAGGACCCCCUUUGGGGUUCCGGAAGCCCCUGUUGAAGACGUAUGGUUUAAAGCCCAGUUCAGACCAAAGAUUCACAACAAGCCAAAACUGUUUCAGAAUGGUGCAGAGAAAAGUUGCAGGGGUGUGAACUGGCAGGUCUGAGCUCGACUCAAGCCGACUGAUGGUGUCACCUUCAACCCACGUCACCUGUUUCAACAGCCAACUGUCACGUAGUGAAGUCCACUGGUCAAGUCAAAAUGACAGUAGACAGUGUGUUGGCUUUCUGCAGCAGGUGCUCCGUACUCAUUGAGCCUCCUGUUUUGGUCCUUGUGGUGUGCCAGUGUCAAAGAGUGGGUUGCUGCUGCUGCUCACUGUAUUUGCUAAUGCCCCCUCACAUACACACAUUCUCAUUGACUGAUUCAUUGGCGCUGGUUAUUUAUAUUAUUGUGGCAUAUUGAUUAUGAAUACAGUCCAUCUGAUGCUGGUUUUGUUUCAUCACGACUGCAAAUACAACUGUAGCCAGUAUCUCACUAUCACUAUCGUCAUUCAUAUUUUAAGAAGCUACAAAUUAUAGUCUGCCACAAAUAAGCCUGAAAAGCUGCAAAUCAGAACAGAAGUACAGAGAGUUGUUACAUAAAGAUCAUAUACCGUCUCAUCUAGUUGCAUCGGUAAGAACCAGCUGGUUUUUACAACGCUGCAGAACGACACAUUGCAAGAAGUUGCCUGUUUCAACUCGUGUCGUCGCAAAUCUUUGGUCUGAACUUGGCUUUAGAGAUGUAGAAGCCCUUUCUCUCAGGUGUAGUCUGAAACAUACAGAGUGACAGUGAAUGCAGCAUCAGCAGUUACUAACCUUCACACAUAAAAUAAUUGGUUAUAGACAGUGAUCUUAGUGAAUCUGAAAUAAUGCUCAGCGUCUCCUUGCGUUAAACCAGCUUCAUGAAAGCAGAACACCCAAGUCAGACACAAGACAGCAGGUGAACUCACUGAUCUCACUGCGAUACAGAUCCCAGAUCAGCCGUCCCUUCAUGUCACCUGAUCUCAGACUGCGUUCACAAUGAAAUAAGAAACCAGAUUCUGAUCAGAUUUGAACCAACAACAGUUUAAAAAUGAGAUUAACCCUUUCUGAGGUGGACGAAGUAUUAGAAACACUAUAUUGAUUCAUUUUUGAUCAAAUUAUUUAAAUAUUGAUUGAUGAAAUGGUUUUGUGUCAUUUAUUUAUAUAUUUAGGAGGUUAUGUGUUCAACCCUCUGAGACUUAAGUUUUCAUGUGUUUCCAUUUGUGCCUUUUUAUUUCUUUUAUCCUGAGCUGCUUUAUUAAAGGUCACCAUCACUGUUUGGCCUGAUUAUUUAUUUGUUAUGUAUGUAUUUAUUUCUCAUGUUGAUUUACUGAGCGGGCCUCGCACUGGAUCUACAGUUCAUCUUGUCAGAAUGUAAAAGCUGCCAACAAUAAAAGAAAAAUAUCCUG